AUGACUGCGAAUAAAGUAUCACACGGAAGAACAAAAGCCAGCAGUAUUGCCGAAAAUGUUUUAGGCCCGGCUAGUCAAGAUAUGCUUGACUUAGAUAGUGACAAACUUUACGAUGAGGUUGGACUUUUGGUUGAGAUGCAACCACAGCUCGUUGAAGAAAAUCGAGUGGAUUUACGCUGGGUUGACUUCUUUAUGAAAUCGAAAGACAGAAAUCCUUGCACUGAAUUUAAAAAAAUGGUCACGUUCGUUCUUUCUUCGCCUGUCUCUACUGCCUCUUGCGAGCGCGUCUUCAGUAUGAGGGAACAAGCAUAG